GAGCCGGGAGCUGCCGAGCAGAGCCGAGCCGAGCCGAGCCGCGAGGUGCCGGGGAGAGGCAGGCAGAGCCUGCCCGCGGCUCCGCACCCAUCGUUGCUGCGUUUCCCGGCUCGGUGUCUCCUUGUCUUUGCCCAGGCGCCCGCAAAACUUUUAUUGUCUCGGGCUCCCCCCGGGCUGUGUGACGAAAUCGCAGCGCUCCGCUGUCUCCACGCUCGCCUGCAGCGGCGACCGAGGGGACGUGCAACCCUCGCCCGCCGCCGCCGGGCUCUUGCGCUCUCUGCGCUUCCUCACCUGCCGAUCGCUCCCGGGAACCGCGAGGGGGGGACCCCAAAGGGACCGCGCGGGCGUCUCGGCACCCCGACAUCCUGUUCACCGUUGCGGACCGGCUCGGCGCAACUUUAACUUGAUUCCUGUCGCCCACCCAGGGCACCCGCGGCGGCCGCCGCCGCCGCCGCCGUCGCUGCGGUCUCACAAAGAGCGCGGGGAGGGAAGGCGGCGCGGGCGGCGGGCACGGGCCUCGGGGCUGCCUAGACAAAAGGGAAACUGCCAUCGCUCUGGGCUCCUGUUCCGACCCGCCGUGGGUUCAUCCUACCGGCCCCGGCUGCCUCUUCGCCCCGGUCCCCCGCGGGCUGUGCCCGCAGUGCUCGGACCCCGCGAGCUGCGGGGCGCGCGUCGCUGCUGCUGGUCGGGGCUCUAGGGAUAAUAAAUGAUAGAGGAUACAAUGACUUUGCUGUCUCUGCUGGGUCGCAUCAUGCGCUACUUCUUGCUGAGACCCGAGACGCUUUUUCUGCUGUGCAUCAGCUUGGCUCUGUGGAGUUACUUCUUCCACACGGACGAAGUGAAGACCAUCGUCAAGUCCAGCCGGGACGCGGUGAAGAUGGUGAAGGGCAAGGUGGCCGAGAUUAUGCAGAACGAUCGCCUUGGAGGACUUGAUGUGUUGGAGGCCGAGUUUUCCAAGACCUGGGAGUUCAAGAGCCAUAAUGUGGCGGUGUACUCCAUCCAGGGCCGGAGAGACCACAUGGAAGAUCGCUUCGAAGUUCUCACCGAUUUGGCCAACAAGACGCACCCGUCCAUCUUCGGGAUCUUCGAUGGGCACGGCGGUGAGACUGCAGCGGAAUAUGUGAAAUCCCGACUCCCGGAGGCCCUCAAACAGCAUCUUCAGGAUUAUGAGAAGGACAAAGAAAACAGUGUUCUAUCUUACCAGACCAUCCUUGAGCAGCAGAUCUUGUCAAUUGACCGAGAAAUGCUGGAAAAGUUGACGGUAUCCUAUGAUGAAGCAGGCACAACGUGUUUGAUUGCUCUCCUGUCAGAUAAGGACCUGACUGUGGCCAAUGUUGGUGACUCUCGAGGAGUCUUGUGUGACAAAGAUGGGAACGCCAUCCCCUUGUCUCAUGACCACAAGCCUUACCAACUCAAGGAGAGGAAGAGGAUAAAGAGAGCUGGUGGAUUCAUCAGUUUCAAUGGCUCCUGGAGGGUCCAGGGCAUCCUAGCCAUGUCUCGAUCCCUGGGAGAUUACCCACUGAAGAAUCUCAACGUGGUCAUCCCAGACCCAGAUAUCCUGACGUUUGACCUGGACAAGCUGCAGCCCGAGUUCAUGAUCUUGGCAUCAGACGGUCUGUGGGAUGCUUUUAGCAACGAAGAAGCAGUGCGGUUCAUCAAGGAGCGCUUGGAUGAGCCUCACUUCGGGGCCAAGAGCAUCGUCCUGCAGUCCUUCUACAGAGGCUGCCCUGACAAUAUCACAGUCAUGGUGGUGAAGUUCAGGAAUAGCAGCAAAACGGAAGAGCAGUGAGUCCUGCAGGGUCUCAGCUGCCCCAGACUAGAGGACUCUCAACACACUCUUCUCUUCGUGUAAUAAAAGGUGUGGGAGUUA